UAGUUUUGUUCUGUUUUUUAGGUUAUUAUGUGUUGAUUCAGUUUCUGUUUUGAGAUGUGGUUUCUGUCUUAUUUUGGUCAUCUUGUUGGUCUUGUCCACCGCAUUCUUUUUACUUCCUGUUUCCCUUCAAACACCUGUGCCUGAGUUUCUUUGUAACUUUUGACCUUGAAUUUCUUGUUACUUUGGCGUUUAGUCAUGUUCAGUUUAGCUAUUUACAUGAUCCCUUGUGUUCACGGGGGUUUUGUCAUUUCUCCACUCAGCUCCAUCAGUUGACGCUGCCCAACAGCUGUUCCACAUUCAGUUAAUCAGUCACACCUGCUCCCACUACAGUCUUCACUCUGCUCGAUAUAUAUGCUCUCUGUUUCAUUCAUGCUUUGCCUGGUUUGUUCUGAUCUCUCCCUGUGUCUUCUGCUGUUUAGUACAUUGUGGAUUCUUGCCACAGUCGAAAAACAUGCACAUCCUAAUUGGCCCAUCUAAAUUGCCCUCUGGUAUGAGUGUAGGUCGUGUGUGCAUGUUAGUAUGUUCUGUUUGCCCUGUGACUGUUGUAGAUGGGCACCAGUCUCCCCCUGUGACCCUGCUAGGAUAAUUGAAGAAAAUAGAUAGAUGAAUGACAGCAUGGUUGUCGGUCUUUGCACAGUGUUUCGAAAGAGUAAAAGAGUACACACCCUGUUAAAAUGCCAAGUUUGUGUGAUAUAAAAACUAUGACCAUUAUAAAUCAUUUAAAAACCUUUUUUCACAUAUAACAUGGCAUUUAUACUGUACAAUUCAUGGUGUAAUAACCUUGUUGCAUAAUAUUUAGGUGAUCCGCAUUUUGAUUCAAUAUUAGCAUUCUUUAGCAUGUAGGAGGGCAGCAUGUCGCAUCUUAACCUGACAAUAUUUAUCCACUCUAUUUAGCAAAAGUUCUCCAUAUAUAUUACACUAUGAAAACAUCUGUUGUCCAUAGCCCUUUUCAGAUGUCUCCAUGGAUUUUCAGAUUUAGUUCUGGGGUUGGCUAAGCUAGUUGAAGACUUCAGGUUUCAUUACGUGGAUUUAGAUGUAGACUUGGACUCACAGUGAUACUGAAAAUUAAAACCCAUCUUCAUCUUCUGCUUUCUAGUGGACACCUGACUUUAUAUGGCUAAAACUGACUGGUAUCUGGAACUGUUCUUGUCCCCUUGAAUAAAAACUCCAAGUCAGUCUGUAGAAAAGUAACCCCACAGCAUAUUGCUGCUAUUACCAUAUUUCAGUGGUGUUCUAGUGAUGCUCGUUGUUAUUUUUAGGCUAAACAUACCUUUUAGAAUUGUGGCUCAAUACUUCAAGAUUAGUUUCAUUAGACUAUAACACAUUCUCCCGUAAGGAUUGGGGAGCUUUUAACCUGGACAGAAUGAUUUCUUUGGAAGAAAAUGACUGUCUUACAACCCUACUCCUUAGCCUAGGAAUAUGGUGAAUACAGCAGAUUGUUUUCACAUGCAGAACAAAACCAGUCCUUGUUGAGAAAUGUCAAGCUGCUCCUUCAGUGUUGUUGUCAGCCUCUUCGGCAGUGUUCCUGACCAGAUCUUUUCCGUCAUUUCAGAGAAAUUGACAGUAUUUGUAAUGCGACUGUUGUCCCCCAUUUUCUUCAGUUACUGAGGACUGUUUUCAAUGUGUCAUUAUAUCUAGACAUCAGAGUACAAUGAGGUUCUUGUAAUUCUCUGCAAUGCUCCCACAGACUAUGGCUUUAGCUACAGGAUGCAAAUUUUGAAAAAUCUAAGAAGGGCAGUUGAACUUUACUUCAGAUGAAUCGGAUUCAAUUGGUGAUGGAAGAGAGCUGUCUACAUAGAAAGCUGCUGCCAGCUGUGUGGCUGUGCAGUCUACUGGCUGCUCAGGUGAAUAGUUGCCCACAUGCUUGCAGUGUAUGUUCAGGACCGGAUAAUGACCUUUGCAAAGAGUGCAAGACUGGAUGGAUUCUCCAUAACUACACAUGUGUAGACAUUGAUGAGUGUGGCACUGAACUGGGGACCUGCUCUCCAAACACAUACUGCUUUAACAUAGAAGGCUCUUUUGAGUGCAGAGGCUGUGAUGUAGCCUGUGUGGGCUGUAUGGGUAGUGGACCAGCUCGCUGCAGAAAAUGUGCUCCUGGGUACAGAAUGAUUGGCUCCAAGUGUUUUGAUAUAGAUGAAUGUGUUGAAAGAGCACUGGCCUGUCAUGGUCUGGAUGAGAUCUGUUUCAACACAGAGGGCUCUUUCCGUUGUCACUGCGCUGAAGGCUUCAUCAGGAAGGACAGUAUUUGUGUGAGGAAGCAGCUGCCCAAUGUUCAGGAGAAAGGUAUGUUUGAGGAUCUCCAAGAUGAUGAAGUGGAGGUGCUGCAGCAGAUGUUUUUGGGGGUGGUGCUUUGUGGUUUGGCCACGCUUGCAGCCAAAGGAGAUUUGGUCUACACAUCUAUAUUCAUGGGGGCAGCAGCAGCGAUGGCAGGUUACUGGCUGUCCUACAGAGUGGAUGGUGUCUUAGACAUCUUUCUGAAAGGGCGCUAAUGCUCCAAUUCGUUACAAAUAAGGACACAUUCAGCCUCGGAUUAAAAAAUGAAUCCUGCUCGUUAAAACAAUUGUGCUAUAUAUUCUGAGAAACAGUCGAAAGAAACACUUUGAAAGACUCUAAGAAAGCCUGAGGAACUAUUGAUCAAGACCACUUUUAUCAAUUGAAAGACAGUUUGGACUUAAGACUCCUACAGAGUAUUUUAAGCAUUUUUUUUAACAGACUGCUGAAAACGAAUGCAGGGAAAGAGUAUAAAGUGUAAAAUUUCUUCAAAAGUCCAAUAUGAAGGGAUUUCCAUCAAAUGUAAUUUUAAAUUAUAAUCUGCGCAAUAAAAGAAGUAAAUCAGUUUAUUUUACAACUUUCUAAGCAGAUGUAAAACAGAUUUAUGUGUGUAUACAGGUACAUCUCAGUAAACUGGAUUAUGCGUUUCAUUAAGGCUCGUUUGUCAGAUUAAAAGGAACCUUUAGAAAAUAAACUUUAAGCAGGUAAUAAACAUGCUUUUCACAUUUCUCUAUUAGAAAUGUUUUUUUUUAUUGGUCUGAUGUAAUAUUCUAAUUUUAAAUGUCCUGUUUUAUUAGCUGUAAGUGGAAAAUCAUCAUAAUUAACAGAAAUAAAAGUUUGAAAACAUC